AUGUCUCAGCCACGUGGUCUGCUGGCUAUAGCAAUUAUUGUUGAUAUUGGCUCAAUAACAAAUCCAGAGCUCCGAAAGCUAACGGUAGCCUCACAAAGCAUCACAUACAAAGGAUCCAAAACGCUUGUGAAGAGGUUCAGUGCGUACGCGUUGCUGCCUCAUACAGAAGACUAUAUCACAUACGAGGGAUCGUUGACGUUUCCAGGUUGCUAUGAAACCGUUACUUGGAUUAUCAUCAACAAUCCAAUUUAUAUCACCAAAGAAGAUCUGCAAAUAUGGAACGAUCUGCAGCAAACAGAAACCAAGCAGCCAAAUCCGGUGUUUAUGUCGCCUAAUUAUCGACCUUUAAAAGCGUUAAACGGUCGACUUUUGAGGACGAAUAUAAAUAUCAAAUAUAAGUCAAAGUCACCUCAAGCGUGUGCAAACAAUUUAUACGUCGAUAUGGGCUACAAGUCGAAUCCGUCGAGGGUCGCCGCUUUCAAGACAUUUCAUAAAAGGAUGAUGCAAGACGAGGAUGGAUUGGGUGCGGUGAAGCCAUUAACUCUGGAUGUUAUCGAAUCGAUCGACUACGUUUAA